UAAGCUUUUCCAUUUGCAGAAUCUUCCCUUGUUGAGCCUGGCUAUCCACAGCCUGUCGUUUUCAAUGGGACCGAAUUAGUCAUAGGGGCAGAGCCAAGCACGAGCAAGCGCAACCUGGCUAGCGAGAUCCUAUUGCCGCGUUCUAGCAUGUAUUUGGCUAUUUCCUUUAGGGAACGCCUACUCUAAUGUGUGCGUGUGCAAUAACUCAAUUCACAACUGUACUCCUUCUAAACAACGCCAUUUUUUAAACCUUUGGCGAAGGGUAAAGACUACAACACUUAGUCCACUCUGUUCGUAAUAAAUUAUAGUUUUAGAAACAGAAAACUGUUGAGAGAAUGUCGUCCAUAAUCCAUCUCUCUCCAUCUUCUCCCACUGGCCACUGGGCCUUCUCUAACCACCAUAUAAGGUAGUGAGUGGAAACGCCAAGCGCAUGCUUCACAUUUAUACAUCCGGUUAAAUAUCUGUCUCAUUGUUCUAUCUGUGGCGGAAUACCUUCUUGACAUGACCGUGGAAGACUGGAGCCCAAAUCAAGUAGAGCCACCUAGCGGUGAGUCUGUGCACACUUGGACAAGCACAGUGGCAGCAGCUGCAUCACGCAGUUAAUCAAAUUGAUAUCAGUCCGUUCUGAGAAGUACACUAUUGGAAGAGGCCUGCAAACGAUUCUCAGGUGACUUGGACGAAAGUGCGCUGUGCCAUGGCGUCAGUGCGUGUGGCUGUCCGUGUACGACCCUUGAUGAAAAGAGAAAAGGAAAUGUCUGCGACGGUCAUUAUCCACAUGGAGGGGAGCACCACUUCCAUAGAUUGCAACAAAAAGCACCUUUCCAAAGGCACCCCUGGCACUGGGCUGAAGGACAGAGGCAGACAGUCAUUCUCCUAUGAUUUCUCCUACGAUUCUACAGAUGUCGGAAGCCCCAACUUUGUGCCUCAGGAGAAGGUGUUUAAAGACUUGGGCUGUGAUGUCCUGGAGGCAGCGUUUGAUGGUUAUAACGCCUGUGUGUUCGCCUAUGGACAGACGGGAUCAGGGAAGUCUCAUACCAUGAUGGGAAGCCCAGGAGAUAUAGGUCUGAUUCCACGGAUCUGUGAAGGCCUGUUCUGUCAGAUAUCAGAGAAGAGCCAGGGGGAUGGGGCCUCAUUCCGCACAGAGGUCAGUUACCUGGAGAUCUAUAAUGAGCGUGUGCAGGAUCUUCUCACGACUAAGAAGAGCCCAGAGAACGGGUCAGGACUCAAGGUCAGAGAACACCCCAAGGAUGGGCCGUAUGUGGAGGACCUGUCGAAGCACCUGGUUCAGAACUACAGGGAUAUAGAGAAGCUGUUGCAUGCUGGGAAAGCCAAACGCACCACGUCGAGCACGGGCAUGAACGAUGUUAGCAGCCGCUCGCACGCCAUCUUCACCAUCAACUUCACGCAGGCUCGUUUUGAUGCAGAGCUGCCAUGUGAGAUGGUGAGUAAGAUCCACCUGGUAGAUUUGGCGGGCAGUGAGAGGGCCGACGCCACGUGCGCCACCGGUGCCAGGCUGAAGGAAGGAGCCAACAUCAACAAGUCCCUGGUCACACUGGGCAUUGUCAUCUCUGCUCUGGGAGAUGGAGGGGGCUCCCACAAGGGAAAAAGGAAGAAGCCGCUCUUCAUCCCCUACAGAGAUUCUGUUCUGACCUGGCUCCUGAAAGACAGCCUGGGAGGAAACUCCAAGACCAUCAUGAUAGCAACUCUUUCUCCUGCUGACGUGAACUACAGUGAUACACUGAGCACGCUGCACUACGCUAACCGAGCUAAAAACAUCGUCAACAAGCCCACAGUCAACGAGGAGAGCAGUGUUACAGUCAUCAGAAAACUGCAGGAGGAGAUUGUCAGACUGAAAGGUCUAGUGGAGAAGAACAACCAGGCUCGCCUUUCUCCUCAGGAUCUCUCCAAGACACUGAAGGUGGAGGAGAAACUUCACAAGAAUGAGGUCAAAGUGUUAGAACUGACCAGGGAGUGGACCAACAAGUGGGGGGAGACCCAGAACAUUCUCAAGGAGGGGACUGUAGCUCUGAGGAAGCAGGGUAUAGGCGUGGUCAUGGACUCCAAACUACCUCACCUAAUCGGCAUCGAUGAUGAUCUUCUCAGCAAUGGCAUCAUUCUCUAUCAUUUAAAAGAGGGCAGGACGCUGGUGGGUCGAGACGAGGCUUCAUCCAAUCCGGAUAUUGUGCUACAUGGUGCUGGUCUGCUGGAUGAACACUGUGUGUUUGAGAACCGUGAUGGAGUUGUGACUCUGAUCCCCCAGACGGGGGCACUGUGCUCUGUCAACCAACUGGAGACGACCCUGCCCUGUCAGCUGACACAGGGUGCAGUAAUCCAGUUAGGGAGAGGGACUAUAUUCCGUUUCAACCAUCCUAAUGAAGCUGAACAUCUCAGAGAGCAACACAAGAGUGGCCUUCUCUCCAGCCUUUCCUUGACCGACUUCUCCAGGCUUUUCCAUCCUGGGAUGGAUGUGUUCGCUGUAGCAGGAGAGAAUGGAGAGUCUAGACAACAGAGGAGCUCUGUGCACUCUCCUCAACUACAGACCUGUACGGUUAUGACAGAGGCCAUGCCUAUGGAGGCUCCUGUCUCUGUCUCUCGUCAUCCUUCAGCGUGUUAUGCUGUACCUCUUCAGAUUGGAGCCGGAGCCCCUCAGCAUCUGCAGGCCGUCUCCUCUCUGCAUGCUGGGGUAAACAGGUGGAGCUUCGGUGCGGCUGAGGGCCGUGAACGGCCCUGCAGUAUUACUAAUGAAGAGAGCCAGAGGAGGGCCAGGGCCUCCCCAGUCCACCGGACAGGGACUCCUACUCUCACUUCCGACCUCACUCCCACUGCCUUGGAACGGGACAGCCUGCAGCAGGGAUUGGAAGGAGAGGUGGAAGAGUGGGAUUCAUGUCAUCAAUCAGGGUCUGGGGUGGGAGUGUCUGAUAGGUGGCUGGAGGGAGCUCUGCGUAGAGCGAGGGAAGAGGGAGGACUCUAUUGGGGUGAGGAGGCCUGGUCUGGACCUGGGGCAAGAGACAAGGAAAGGAACCGGGCCCUCCAGCAGACACCUGUCCUCCUGGUCCAGCAGGCUGAUGUAUGUACCGUUGGGCCGGAGGGGCUACCGGGGCCUGCUAACAAGAGCCCAGGUGUCCUGUCAGGCCUACCUGAUGGCUGCAGGGUCCUGGGAGGGGUCCUGGCAACUGACUGCUGCAGAAGGGACCUGUCCAGGGCCGGAGCCCGCUACCGUGGCCCUGCAGGGACCUCAUUAGGCACUGCUGUAUCCUAUCUGCAGAGAGGAGACGGAGGAGGAAUAGACUGGUGGACAGAGGAACGAACGGACCGUGCCCACCUCCCACAGGCCAGCAGCAGCUCAACAUACACACAGACCUCUCUCUCUCGGUUUGACACACACACUCCCUCUGUGUCUCAGCUCGACAAUCACAGCCAGGCAACACACACUGCCUCUCUGUCUCAGAUUGACACACACAAUGACAGCCAGGCAACACACACUACCACUCGGCAGGACAGACACAGACGCAGCCAGGCAGUACGCGGUCUACCGCUAGAGGCUUUGGAGGGCCAGUUCAGUCGUGUCAUGAUGGAUCGAUCCAGGACGACGGUGAAGGGCCACAGGGAGAACAACAAGGAGGGGGAGGCUGGGGCUAGGAGGGAAGAGGUGGAGCAGAACUUCAGGCUGGGCGCUCUAGUUAGCAGGGUGUUUAGGGAGGAGGAGGAGCGGAAAGAGGAGCUGGAGGAGGAGAACCAGUUCUCCGUCUCUGGACUAAGUGCUGUGGUUAGAAGGGUAUGCCCGAUCUCUGGGAUUGGAGCGGAGCAGGAGCUAGACUCUCUGGGGGAAGAGCUCUCUGGGAUGGGUUCUCUGGUCAGCAGGGGGCUCUCCUGGAUGUUUCCGGACAUAGGCUGUCUCCUUCGCAGCUCCACCCCCAGGAUCCUGCAGCAGAUCUGGGACGGUACAGGAGUUCUGCAGCCUGCAGCUGGGGGAGGGGCUGGCAGUCUGCAGCCUGGAGCUGGGGGAGGAGCCAGCUCCAACUGGUCCAGUCAGGUUGUCUCCAUUGUGGGGGAAAGUCGGGUGCUGUCGGUUGUCAAAGAUAGCCAGGUCUUCUCAUUGGUCAGAGAGAGUCACGUGUACUCCCUGGUCCGAGACAGUCAGGUGUUCUCUAUGGUCAGUGAGCUGCCCUUUGUGCAUCACAUCAGCACAGAGCUAACUCAAGACUUCGGGAUCAUUCACAAUGAGCUCACACAGGUUCUUCAGCCAGUGGCGUCAACUGGACUCCAGCAGAAAGCUAUUGACCUCAACACAACACCAGAAAUAAAACAGCCCCUAGUUCACAACACUGUCCUCAGCACAGUAACGAGCCUGUACCCAGCCCACAACACCAUAGAAUUUGCAAAUAAACGGAACACAGGUAAAGAAGUGGAUUGGAGAGCAGAGGAACAGAGUCCCAUCAGAGAACUGGCUUGUACAUCGGAGCAGGAGGGUGGAGAGGAAGCUCUAGCUAAGUUUGAACAGAGUCCUGUCAGAGGACUGGCAUGUACAUCAGAGCACGAUGGUGGAGAUGAAGCUCUAGCUAAGUCAGAAGAACCAAGUCCCAUCAGAGAACUAGAGUGUACAUUGGAGGGCGGAGAGGAAGCUCUAGCUGUUUCGGAGGAACAGAUUCCCAUCAGAGAACUGGCGUGUACAUCAGAGAACAAGGGUGGAGAGGAAGCUCUAGCUAAGUCAAAAGAACCAAGUCCCAUCAGAGAAGUGGAGUGUACAUCGGAGCAGGAGGCCAAAGAGGAAGAUAAGUCGGUGGAACAGUGUCCCAUCAGAGAACUGGCGUGUACAUCAGAGAACAAGGGUGGGGAGGAAGCUCUAGCUAAGUCGGAGGAACGGAGUCCCAUCAGAGAACAACAGUGUACAACAGAGCACGAUGGUGGAGAUGACGCUCUAGCUAAGUCAGAAGAACCAAGUCCCAUCAGAGAACUAAAGUGUACAUUGGAGCAGGAGGGCGGAGAGAAAGCUCUAGCUAUUUCGGAGGAACAGAGCCCCAUCAGAGAACUGGCGUGUACAUCAGAGAACAAGGGCAGAGAGGAAGCUCUAGCUAAGUCAGAACCAAGUCCCAUCAGAGAAGUGGAGUAUACAUCGGAGCAAGAGGGCAGAGAGGAAGCUCUACCUAAGUUGGAGGAACAGAUUCCCAUCAGAGAACUGGCGUGUACAUCAGAGAACAAGGGUGGAGAGGAAGCUCUAGCUAAGUCAAAAGAACCAAGUCCCAUCAGAGAAGUGGAGUGUACAUCGGAGCAGGAGGUCAAAGAGGAAGAUAAGUCGGAGGAACAGUGUCCCAUCAGAGAACUGGCGUGUACAUCAGAGAACAAGGGUGGAGAGGAAGCUCUACCUAAGUCGGAGGAACGGAGUCCCAUCAGAGAACAACAGUGUACAACAGAGCACCAGGAUGGAGAGCAAGCUCUAGCUAAGUCAGAAAGAACAAGUCCCAUCAGAGAAGUGGAGUAUACAUCGGAGCGAGAGGGCAGAGAGGAAGCUCUAGCUAAGUUGGAGGAACAGAGUCCCAUCAGAGAACAACAGUGUACAACAGAGCACGAGGAUGGAGAGGAAGCUCUAGCUAAGUCGGAGAAACGGAGUACUAUCAGAGAACUGGCAUGUACAUCAGAGCACGAGGAUGGAGAGGAAGCUCUAGCUAAGUCAGAAGAACCAAGUCCCAUCAGAGAACUGGAGUGUAUAUCAGAGCAGGAGGGCAGAGAGGAAGCUCUAGCUAAGUCAGUAGAACCAAGUCCCAUCAGAGAACUAAAGUGUACAUUGGAGCAGGAGGGAGGAGAGGAAGCUCUAGCUAUUUCGGAGGAACAGAUCCCCAUCAGAGAACUGGCGUGUACAUCAGAGCACGAGGGUGGAGAGGAAGCUCUAGCUAAGUCGACGGAACAGAGUAUCAUCAGAGAACUGGCGUGUACAACAGCGAACAAGGGUGGAGAGGAAGCUCUAGCUAAGUCAGAAGAACCAAGUCCCAUCAGAGAAGUGGAGUGUACAUCGGAGCAAGAGGGCAGAGAGGAAGCUCUACCUAAGUUGGAGGAACAGAGUCCUGUCAGAGAACUGGAGUGUACAUCAGAGCAGGAGGGCAGAGAGGAAGCUCUAGCUAAGUCGGAGGAACGGAGUCCCAUCAGAGAACAACGGUGUACAACAGAGCACGAUGGUGGAGAUGAAGCUCUAGCUAAGUCAGAAGAACCAAGUCCCAUCAGAGAACUAGAGUGUACAUUGGAGGGCGGAGAGGAAGCUCUAGCUGUUUCGGAGGAACAGAUUCCCAUCAGAGAACUGGCGUGUACAUCAGAGAACAAGGGUGGAGAGGAAGCUCUAGCUAAGUCAAAAGAACCAAGUCCCAUCAGAGAAGUGGAGUGUACAUCGGAGCAGGAGGCCAAAGAGGAAGAUAAGUCGGUGGAACAGUGUCCCAUCAGAGAACUGGCGUGUACAUCAGAGAACAAGGGUGGGGAGGAAGCUCUAGCUAAGUCGGAGGAACGGAGUCCCAUCAGAGAACAACAGUGUACAACAGAGCACGAUGGUGGAGAUGACGCUCUAGCUAAGUCAGAAGAACCAAGUCCCAUCAGAGAACUAAAGUGUACAUUGGAGCAGGAGGGCGGAGAGAAAGCUCUAGCUAUUUCGGAGGAACAGAGCCCCAUCAGAGAACUGGCGUGUACAUCAGAGAACAAGGGCAGAGAGGAAGCUCUAGCUAAGUCAGAACCAAGUCCCAUCAGAGAAGUGGAGUAUACAUCGGAGCAAGAGGGCAGAGAGGAAGCUCUACCUAAGUUGGAGGAACAGAUUCCCAUCAGAGAACUGGCGUGUACAUCAGAGAACAAGGGUGGAGAGGAAGCUCUAGCUAAGUCAAAAGAACCAAGUCCCAUCAGAGAAGUGGAGUGUACAUCGGAGCAGGAGGUCAAAGAGGAAGAUAAGUCGGAGGAACAGUGUCCCAUCAGAGAACUGGCGUGUACAUCAGAGAACAAGGGUGGAGAGGAAGCUCUACCUAAGUCGGAGGAACGGAGUCCCAUCAGAGAACAACAGUGUACAACAGAGCACCAGGAUGGAGAGCAAGCUCUAGCUAAGUCAGAAAGAACAAGUCCCAUCAGAGAAGUGGAGUAUACAUCGGAGCGAGAGGGCAGAGAGGAAGCUCUAGCUAAGUUGGAGGAACAGAGUCCCAUCAGAGAACAACAGUGUACAACAGAGCACGAUGGUGGAGAGGACGCUCUAGCUAAGUUAGAGGAACAGAGUCCUAUCAGAGAACUGGAGUGUACAUCAGAGCAGGAGGGCAGAGAGGAAGCUCUAGCUAAGUCAGUAGAACCAAGUCCCAUCAGAGAACUAAAGUGUACAUUGGAGCAGGAGGGAGGAGAGGAAGCUCUAGCUAUUUCGGAGGAACAGAUCCCCAUCAGAGAACUGGCGUGUACAUCAGAGCACGAGGGUGGAGAGGAAGCUCUAGCUAAGUCGACGGAACAGAGUAUCAUCAGAGAACUGGCGUGUACAACAGCGAACAAGGGUGGAGAGGAAGCUCUAGCUAAGUCAGAAGAACAAAGUCCCAUCAGAGAACUAGAGUGUACAUCGGAGGGCAGAGAGGAAGCUCUAGCUAAGUCAGAAGAACCAAGUCCCAUCAGAGAACUAAAGUGUACAUUGGAGCAGGAGGGCGGAGAGAAAGCUCUAGCUAUUUCGGAGGAACAGAGCCCCAUCAGAGAACUGGCGUGUACAUCAGAGAACAAGGGCAGAGAGGAAGCUCUAGCUAAGUCAGAACCAAGUCCCAUCAGAGAAGUAGAGUGUACAUCGGAGCAGGAGGGCGGAGAGGAAGCUCUAGCUAAGUUGGAGGAACAGAGUCCCAUCAGAGAACUGGCGUGUACAUCAGAGCACGAUGGUGGCGAUGAAGCUCUAGCUAAGUCAGAAGAACCAAGUCCCAUCAGAGAAGUGGAGUAUACAUCAGAGCACGACGGUGGAGAGGAAGCUCUAGCUAAGUCGGAGGAACAGAGUCCCAUCACAGAACUGGAGUUUACAUCGGAGCACAAGGGUGGAGGUGAAGCUAUAGCUAAUUCAGAAGAACCAAGUCCCAUCAGAGAACUGGAGUGUACAUCAGAGCAGGAGGGCAGAGAGGAAGUUCUAGUUAAGUCAGAGGAACAGAGUAUAACCAAGGAGGCGCUGUGGCCAUCACGAUCUCGAUCUGGUCCUUUGGAGGACCAACGGUGUGUCACUUGUGGAGCCAAGAGCACCAAGUCACAGGCCCCUCCAGAGCAGCAUAACAACACCAGUUCCACAUCCCCAGAGAAUAUCUUUAUUCCUGGGCAUGGGAAUCAGAGGACUGAUGAUGUUCAGGUGUAUUAUGGGAGCCUGGUGGAGUUCCCAGGGGCUCUGGUUAAACUCCAGUCCCUUCCCGUAUCCACCCUCCUGGGCUGUCUCCAGUCCGUCCUCCCCUCAGUCUUUACCUCACGGAGACUACUGGCUCUCUACUGGCUGGGCGUGGCUAACUGCAGCCAGCCCCACCCACACCUCGCCCUUGUUCUCCUAUUGGAGUCCUGCCUCUACGCCCUGACCUUUGACCCUGACAUGCCCGAUCAGACCACUUCUCUGACAGUGUUCCACCACCUCCCCCUGCUACAGGUUAAGGAGAUCCUGGUGGGUUUUUGCGGUCAGAGCCUGCGUCUCAAGGCCUCCAGUGAGGAGUGUGUCCUCACUCUCUACACCCACAGCCAGACCCUCACCCAGGCCCUCACCCACACCCUGCUUGGGGUCCUCUGUCCUGGGGACCAGCGAGUGUCCCAACACCCCCUCCUGGUGGAGAACCUGAUGGUUCUGUCUCUAGACUGGAAGGCACAGGCACCUGACCUACUGCUGAAUGCUGAACUGAGGCUGUCUGGCCAGUUCCACAAGACCCUAGCUGACCUGGUCUACCUCGUCCACGGCAACAUGAACCGACAGAAGCCUCAUCUGGGACAGGUUAGACUGCUGCUUUACACCAGCGUUGGUGUGAUAACGACCCCUGACCCCAGACCUGACCCCUGGGCCCAGCUCCUCCUCACAGACACACACCUGGGACUGGUGCAGGAGGAUACAGUGUUCCACCCCGUCCCCCUGCUGUCCCGCCAGGCCCAGUUCAAGGGGGUGACCCUCCGUUGCCUCUCCGACGUCCGCUGUGUGAUAGUCCGAGACGGGGUUGGGUGCUCGACCAGUGUGGGUGGAGAUGGAGCCGGGGAUGAAGGUGGGGCAACCAGGCUGGACAUCAUCCUGUCUCAGGACUGGAGAACCAGGAAAGAGAGGCCUGGAGUUCACCCUGAAAGAGGUGCUGAAGCUGAUGGAAGUGCGGUAGGGGUGGUAGUUGGAGCUAGUGUCCUGUCUGCUGCCUCUAAUUCAUGUCCUCUGCAGCAGGCUGAAGUAUGGAAAUUACAUUUCAGCUGCUCCUCCGAGGCCGCCUGUCUGAUUAAUCACUUGUCAAACGUCUGAAUGGUCACUGAUCAAGGACUAGAGGACUGGACAGAACAUAAUGAACUACAGCUUAGACAGGUACCAGUUCUGUCCGGUCCUAACUCGCAUCGAGAGGACAGCAAGGUGUGUGUUUGCUCACUGAGUGGCAGUCAAGGGUCCAAUGUAUCUCAAACAAACAAUGGAGAAUAUCGCUAGCAUUAAACUAUUUAGGGCCAGUUUCCCGAACACAGACUAAGCCUAGUCAUGGACUUAACAGCAGGCUCAAAAGACGAUCUCCUUAUUCCUUAUAGUCCAGGGAACAGGCCCAUAGAGUAUAGUAAUACAUUGAUGUGUUUAAGUUUUGGUGAAUGUUUCCAUGCACAUAUUUCUAGGCAAUUUCUAAAUCAAAUGUUCCACUUACUUUCACGUUCAUUUAAAGAGACUCAGCAACAUGACAUAGUAGUGGUCCAUAGUGGGUCAAUUUCCGCAAAAACUGAGAGCAUUGAAGCGCGAGGCUCAACUUCUCCGCUGUCUUGGUGUCCUAGCUACCAGCGAACACAUGUGCAUGAGCAGAUACUGUGUGUGACUGAGAGCGAAUUCCUGCAUCUCGCACAUCUCAAUAUUUGCGGAGCUGCUUGUGGCCACGUCAUUUCGCAGUAUACCUUUUUGCUGUUUUUGUUCACACUAUGGAGGGAACACAGGACACUUGAUUCUACAGAAUGUAAGCCAUUAAGGGAAGAUGUGAAGGGCACAAAUAAUUGCA